AUGGAUAUAUUCGGAAUAUCGGCGGGUCUACUUGGAAUGUAUUUGAAUGGAAUUUAUACCGCGUUUUUCUGUUUCCAGGACCACCUAACAUCUUACAUUUACAUUCUACUUGGCAUAUUCGUCAUCACCGCUUAUGUACCGACUCGACAAGAUUUCUUUGAGCGAAAGAUUGUUGGCUCCCGAGUUGGUCUCCUUCACAUAAUUUAUUGUAUCAUCAUAACAUUCGGAAUCUGUCCGACAGUUCAUUGGGUGUUCCUUCAUGGUGGAUUUGAUAGUGAUCAUGUUGUUAAAUGGUUCCCCAAUGUUAUUGUACUCUACUCAUUGAUAGCUGCCGCCUUCAUGUUCUAUGUCACAAUGGUGCCGGAGAGACUUUGGCCAGGAAAAUUCGACGUGGUCGGAUGUUCGCAUCAAUGGUGGCACAUCUUCAUUCUCGGAGCAAUGAUCUAUUGGCAACAAUCUGGAAAUCAACUGCUCACAGAAUAUCGAUCAUUCUCUGAUAGUUGCCAUCGAUUCAUCCCUCAACAAAACUUCUCUGAAAUCUCACAUUCUAUCUCUAAUUAUAGUCAUCCCUCAAUGUAA